CCCACCUUUUCUAUCCCCCCCUAUCCAACGCCCCCUACUCUCCUUUUAGGCCCAUACACGUUCUUUACAAACAACUACUCGCUCCCUAGACGGACGGACAAUACUGGACCCUGGCGGCUCGUCUUUAAACUUCAAGGCAACCCAAUUCUAUCCUUCUAUUCUCCACUGUCAACCCUUAUACUCCACUGUCAACACGACAACCUGCUUGUAACAGUCGUACAACUCUCCUUCGAGAAGCUCAGCUCAGCUCAUCAGGCACCGGUACCAACAUUCAUUAAGGUCGCAAGUACAACAACAACAACAACAACACCACUACCACCACCACCAACGACAACAACAACAACACCAUCAACAUGCAAUUCUUCAAGCUCGCAUCCCUCCUUACCGCGGCUGCUUUGGCUGCGGCCAAUAGCGUCACCUUCCAGUCCCUGGACAACAUCGGCCGCACUAUUUAUUUCACUCCCAACGCCGGUCUCGCUCAGAUCUCCCCUGUCAAGGUCCCAGGCGGCGCCUCUCUGCAGGUUACCUUCCCUCAGGGCUGGAUCGGCAACUUCUACUCCGUCUCUGACGGUGCCUCAAACGUCCCCGGCAUGCUCGGUGAAGUAGCCUUCAACGGCUGGAACGGCAUCACCUUCUUCGAUGUCUCUGCUAUUGUCAACCCCAACGACCACUCCGGUGUCAAGCAGCUGUGGCCUGCAGGCGGCGCCAGUCCCGUCUCUGGCUGUGAAGUCUUCCCCUGCAACAACGCGUACUACCUUGCGGAUGAUGUCCAGACCAAGACGACCACGGAAACCGACCUCAUCUGCACGCUUGGCAAUGGCAACUCCCGGCGUAGCGUUGAGGAGGUCGAGACUCCCAGCUUCAAGCGCGAUUUCGUCGUCGGCCGGUGGGCGAACUAGACCUACUUUCUUCUUUCUACCUCGCUGGGACAACGAGCACGACAACGAGAUCCAACGAGAUCCAUGACGCGCAGGGCGCGGUAACGACCAUGUUACGACCCUUUUAGACGGGAAAAAAGGACCAUGUCGGGAUACCCCCAGCUUUCUAUUCGGGAACUACGGACAGCAGCAUCGGCCAGCGGCAUCCAUUGGCCUCUCUCUGGUGCGAAAUUCAAAGUUCAAGGGGGCGGGGUUUUUGGUGUGGUCAUUCGUUAGAGAGACAUGAAAUGGGACGGAGGAACGGCGACUUCGGCUUACCGGAGCAUUUGGGGAUUUUUUGGGACAUGAAAAAUGAUUCUUGACAGUCGCUGGCUGAUAGCCUUGCAGAACAUUUACCACUUCAUCUUCUCUUGUACAUAUUCUAGGGUCUAUCAGGCUUAUUUUUUCCUUAUUGGUGCAAUCCAAGGACAAUAUAGACUCGUAUUUUCUCCAGCACA